UCAUGUCGUUAGCUGAGCAGGUGAGAAGUCCAAAUAUUUGACCCUCUCUCUAUAUGCACCACGUAUAUUUUGCUACAGUAAUAAGAGGAAAAACCUAGGGUAGUGGUUGUGGUUAUAGACAAAUUUUUUGAUCAAAGCAGCAGAUAUACAAUGGAUAUUCGACUUUCGUUCAGAAACAUUUCUUCUCACGGUUUAUGGUCUUGCCCAAGAAAACAAAAGGGUCUCAAACCUUGCUGUUCAGGAAAAGACUCUCAGCAAAAUGGCGAUUCAAACAACAAUAAAAACCCAGGCGAUAAAUCCUCAACUGAUUGGGACAAGGCCUGGUCAAGCUUCAGGAAGCAAAGCAGAAAGAACUUCUUCUCGCAAUUCUCUCCAAACAAGUACGUAACAUGGAAUCCUAGGCGUUCCGAAUAUCCUCUGUCUGAAGAAGUUGACCCUAUUAAAAGAGCAGAGAAAUCAAACCUUAUGUUAUGGACAAGUCCACAGUUCACUCUUGUUGGAGCAAUUAUCAUAGUUACAUUUCUUUUGGUCUAUUCCAUUCUUGCUAUAACAAAAUGAGCUCUCAGAAUGUGUCUGUUCAUGCCCUCUUGUAAAGAUUGCUCACUGUUAAAGUUUAGAUCAAUACAGCUACAGCUGUAGAUGAAAAAAUUGAAAUGUAUUUUGGUUUAUUCCUUUUUAAUUGUAUAAAGUAUGUAAAGUUGUAUCA